AUGAUGCUGACACAGGAAGAGGACAGAAAGGAGGGCAGAGCAGCAGGGAAGCGGACAGGGGAUGGGGUAGGGGGUAAAGUGAGGACAGGGUUAAAUCUCUUUGGAACGUGCGCAGAGGACCGCACUGUUGUGCUGGAGGUCUCGCCGAGCCACACGCAGGGGACGAGGAGGGGGACCAACGGGGCGGCCCCGGUGUUCGUCCUUUCUGUGGUUGGACGGGGCAUCCGGCGCAGCUGUGGAGCACGGGAGGUGAAGACGCUGGUGAUGAUGAUGAUGAGUGGCCUGGCAGCUCGAGCUGGCACUUGGAUCUCGCCAUCAGUUUGUUUAUUUCUGUGCGCUCUUGUCUUUCUCCCGCCGUGCGCUCACUCGCACCCACAGCCGUGCCAGGUGUUGAAACGGAUUGGCCACACGGUUCGAGUUGGGGCUCUGCAAGUUCAGCCUCGCUUGCUCUCCGCCACUAAUGGAAGUGGUUCUGAAGAUCGGGAUACAGAUCGAGGUUUGAUAGGAAGCCCUGAGCGCGGGUUGGGUUUUGAAAAGCAGGUUGAAACAAGUGUCAGUGCGUCUGGAUAUGGAAGUCUCAGGACUAGGGGCACCGUUAAUAGCCAGCGGGGGGGCAGCAGAAGUAAGAACCAGGCACGGCAGCGGGAGGAGAACACCUCAAGGGAGAACAGCGUGUUCGCACCCCGCGACUCGGCCCUCCUCGCGGUCGAGGCUCUCAAUCGGGCCGGAUUGCUGCCAUACAAUUUAUCCCUGGAGCUUGUAAUGGCUGUUGGGUCCGGACUCGGCGAACUGCCCGCGUUCUCCUCUUCAUCUGCGGGCAGCCCCGCAGAGGAAGACCCCCUGUCCUUCUUGGAGAGCGUGUGUCACACCGUUGUCGUGCAGGGGGUUUCUGCCAUGAUCGCAUUUCCACGGAACCGGGACGAGUUCGUCAAGUUGGAGUUCGUGUCGCUCGCUCUCCAGGUGCCAGUCGUCAGCGUUGUGCAAAAGGAGUUUACGCGCCAAAGUGAGAAUCCACUCCAUUUCCAAAUGGCGAUGCAGACCGUAGAGGCCCCACCAUCUCGUCUACUUUAUUCCCUGCUGAUGAUGAAUGGCUGGUGGGACAUCAGUGUUCUGCUCUGUCAAGAAUGGGACAUUAGUGACUUUCUCCUUCUCAUCAAGAACAACACACGCUUCCACUUGGGCAAUCUUGUCAAUCUGACAAGUACCGCCUCUGCCUCGACUUCUUCCUCAUCUUCAUUAUCUCUUUCAGGAGUGGCUUCAGGUGUUACUUCAGGAAUAGACGCGUCCUCAUCUUUGUCUUCUUUACCUUAUUUGCCUCCUGCUGCCUCAUCUUCUGCUUCCUCAGCCACUUCAUCCUCUAAAUUAGACCAGCAGCAGGCUCUCAUGCGGCAGCUGGAAGCACUAAGAGAACCAUCAUCAACAACUGGAGUGGUUACUUUUGGGUGCGAGAUUCGCGAAGUACGUCGCCUUUGGACUCUGGCUACUCGGAUAAUGCUCCCAGACUUUCACUGGGUUCUGGGGGACAGUCAGAAUGUGGCCGAGCUGAGAACAGAGGGAUUGCCCCUGGGGCUAUUGGCACAUGGGGUCAUGGGGUCCCCUUCUCUGGAUCACUACGUCCAUGACUCCGUGGAGCUGGUUGCACGGGCAGUUGGCAGUGCAGCCCAGGAGAAUCCUGCCCUGGCACUCAUACCUGGAACCACUAACUGUAUGGAUGUACAACAAAGCAAUGGCAGCUCAGGGGAAUACUUGGCACGAUUUCUGUCCAACACAUCAUUCGAGGGCCAGAGUGGGUUUAUAUCCAAAAACACUAACAGCCAGAAAGUUAUGUCAGAGUCGCAUCACUACAUCUGGUCCCUUCAGCUGGACCCCCUGGGCCAGCCAACCUGGACUCGCCUGGGACGGUGGAGACGGGGGAAUGUUCUAAUGGACCAGGGAGCCUGGCCAAUCCAUCAUGGUUCUGGGGGCGGCGGUGACUGGCGUCGAUCCACGCGGCUUCACAUGCGGGUGGUAACUCUGGUGGAGCACCCGUUUGUAUUUACUCGUGAGGUGGAUGGGGAUGGGUUGUGUCCUGCAGGCCAGUUGUGCCUCGACCCUCUGACCAAUGACUCUUCAGUUUUGGCCAGACUUUUCAAGAACCUUUCAGGGCGCAAUGUAUCUGUUCCAACAGAGCAUAAGAAGUGCUGUUAUGGAUACUGCGUUGACCUGCUGGAGAAGCUGGCAGAGGACAUGGGAUUCACUUUUGACCUUUACAUUGUUGGUGAUGGGAAGUACGGGGGGUUCAAGAAUGGUCGCUGGACAGGAUUGGUGGGUGAUCUGCUCAGUGGCGCUGCCCACCUGGCAGUGACUUCUUUUAGCAUUAAUUCAGCCAGAAGCCAAGUUAUUGACUUCACCUCACCCUUUUUCUCCACCAGCCUUGGAAUUCUGGUUCGGACUCGUGAUACAGCAGCCCCCAUUGGUGCCUUCAUGUGGCCUCUCCACUGGUCCAUGUGGCUCGGCAUCUUUGUCUCCCUCCACGUCACAGCUGUUUUCCUCACCCUGUAUGAGUGGCACAGCCCAUUUGGUAUGACACCACGAGGACGCAACCGCGACCGGGUGUUCUCCUUCUCAUCAGCGCUCAAUGUGUGCUACGCUAUUCUUUUUGGGAGAACAGUGGCUAUCAAGCCACCUAAGUGCUGGACAGGCCGUCUGCUGAUGAAUCUCUGGGCCAUCUUUUGUCUGUUCUGUCUGUCCACCUACACUGCAAAUCUAGCUGCUGUCAUGGUUGGGGAGAAAACCUAUGAGCAACUGUCGGGGAUACAUGACCCAAAGUUGCACCAUCCCUCUCAGGGAUUUCGAUUUGCCACAGUGAGAGAAAGCAGUGCAGAGGACUAUCUCAAAAAGAGUUUCCCUGAGAUGCAUGAGUACAUGAGAAGAUACAAUGUCCCAGCAACACCAGAUGGCAUACAUAAUCUCAAGGCUGACCCUCAGAAACUGGAUGCAUUCAUUAUGGACAAAGCUCUACUGGAUUAUGAAGUCUCCAUCGAUGCAGACUGCAAGACACUAACAGUUGGAAAACCCUUUGCAAUUGAAGGUUAUGGGAUUGGCCUCCCUCAGAACUCUCCACUCACCUCAAACUUCUCGGCGCUUGUUAGUCAGUACAAGUCAGAUGGCUUCAUGGACAUGCUGCAUGACAAAUGGUACAAGGUUGUGCCCUGCGGGAAGCGCAGUUUCGCUGUGACUGAGACGCUGCAGAUGGGCAUUAAGCAUUUCUCCGGUCUGUUUGUGAUGCUCUGUGUGGGCGUGGCCUUAUCCCUACUGACCACAAUUGCAGAACAUAUUGUGUACAAGCUGGUCAUCCCAAGGGUCAAGGAGCCACGCUUCAAAUACUGGCUGCACACUAGCCAGAGAUUACACCGUGCGCUCAACUCCGUCUUCAAUGAUGACAAACUACCAACUGUAACCAAGCCUGAGAAGAGAUGCAAUGAGGGAAACAAUCAGUCAGCAUCUUGGAAUCCUGCAGAGUCCUCCAACUGCAACAGGCGUAGGGUCCUUCCACAAGAGAUGCAGAAUGACCUGGAACACCAGACCUCACAGGAUCUUCCUCCUCCACCACCCCCAUCUCCCCUGCCUCACCCCCAUUCUCUUCCUCUUCUGGAGAAACAUAUUUCCAUAGUGACCGGCUCUAAUGGUCGCUCAGAACUGAUAGGACGAGUGAUGGGCCAAGGACUAGGGCCAGGACAGGGGGGCUCGGGGCAGAGCAUUACAUCGGGACAGUGUCGGGGUUUGGGUGCGGGUGACUGCGGACCUGGACUGGGCUUAGGUCGAAAUCCGUUGGUUCAGGAGUUGUCUGAACUGGAGGGGCAAAUUCUUGUAAUCAAGCAGCAGCUGCAGACAGCAAUGAGGCGGAAGAGGGAACUAGAACAGUACCAAUCAGAGAACCAGCAAGCAAACCAGACUACACCCAGUCAGCCUCCCAUGCACCAGUCUAACCAGUUUGUUCAGUAUUCCCAGUCCCACCAGCAGACUAACCAACACACAAACUCACUCCCAGAGUUCUGACACUUUUCGCCUUUGUUCUGCCCAAGGAAACAGGAAACUACUUUUUUCCAAAACCUGCUGUUGGUUCACAAGUGGCAGGCGGUACCCAGAGAGCUGGACUGAAAUGUUCUCCAUGGAUCAGAUCCUGCUCUUCAACUUCUGGAAUGUGAGAUUUGGUUUGAAGAGGGGCAUUGGACAAAGGUGAACCAGAUACUCUGAUCAAGUCUGUUCUCACUAGCCUGUUGCUGUUAUACUGAAGAGCUGUGCAUAUCUUCCAUGUUCUUCACCUCCUUUUUACCUCGUUCUGGUCUCUUCAUUCUUGCCUUUUACCAUUCCUACUUCUCUCCACUCCUUACUCUGGACCUUGGCGUCACUUUCCUCAAAGCCUUUUCUCUUCACAGGUUUAGAUUUGCCAGCCAUAACGAUAAGCUUGAACAAAGAAAUUAACACUAUUUGGUAUUUAAACUUAAUAGGUUAAUUCACCUGAGUCUUAUAUUGGGACUCGUUUAUAGUGUAAAUGACCUGGACCUGAACCAAGCCACUUAGGUCUUUAUGUCUUAAUGUCUGAUAGAAACAUUGUACAGCUCAAGGGGGAAAGAAAAUAAAUACAUCUAGUGGUGAUUGGUCGGUUACCAUUGACAACACUGAUCUUAAUGAACAACACAAUUUGGCCCAAUUCUUGUGAGACUUAAAGCAACAAUGUAUAACUUUUCCAUCUUAAAAUCGUAGUUUCAAAGUAGAUCUAAUCGUUCAACAACUUUCCACAUGCAGUAUAGCGUCUCUCCCAUGUCCACAGACCGCCACUGGUCGCAUGCUCAAAGAACUAUGCAAGUUUUGCAGUGGGGCUGCAGUUCUCUCGCGAGAAGUGUGAAUGGCUUUAGGGCACUAGCGGGUUAGCCUGUCUCAGUACUGUUUGAGACAAUGGAUGAGGCUAAGAACUCAGCUAGGAGAUGGAAGAAUACAGUGACCGAUGUAGCUAUGAAGUGAAAAAGAGAGAGUGACUGUGCAAGAAGUGGACAUCCCUGCAGAUAUUAUUCACAACAUAUUGCGACAUACGUUAGGCUGUAUUGUUAUUGGUGUUGUUGUCUCAUGUUUAGCAGCUUUACCGAGUGCAGAAAGUCAUCUUACCCAAGUUUUGUCUCAGGCUUAAUACAAAUAAAUCAAUCAAUCUAUCUUAUCCCAAAAGUUUUCUCUACAGACACAAACAGACAUAUUUGCGCAACAUGCGGUAAUUUUACUGUAACUUGUCUGUCGACAUGAUUCUUUGGCCUCUCACAACAGCAUUCCUCUGCUUGUUAACAAAUGCACGUUGUCUAUGAGGGGGAGUAGUAGGGGAGGCAUGUGUUGUCCAUUACAUAGGUAUGCUGCAGAAUGGGAAUGGGAAGGCUUUGACCAUCUGAUGGUCAAAGCCUGCUGUGUUCAGGCUUUGACCAUCAGAUGCUAUGCCUUAUGCAAAACGGGAGGGUCUGACCUCCGGGAAUAUAGUUCUUGACUUGUAAACUUGAUUUUUAUUCAAUUUUUGUCCACAAGCUCACCAAACAGAAUUCCCACAUACUGUUGCGACUUUGGUGAAGAAACUGUUAUCAGUAUUGAACACAAAAAGACACAAUACAUCAGAAAGACACAUCCAUAUUCAACAAGAACAUCUCGUUGAGAUCUUGUGGUGGGUUAUAGGACAAUAGAAAUCAAAUUUUACUGAUUACUUGGUCAUGUUGUCCUGUACUUCACAGAUGCACUUCUAGUUUUUUAAAUUCUUUGAGUUCUAUAUAUUAUAAUUAUUCUAAUUUGUAAUGUUUAUUCUAAUUUCUUAAUUUCAUCAAUUAAUUGAAUUCAUCCAUUAAUUUUUCAUAGUUUAAUUUAUGAUCUACAAAUAUGACUUAUACAUAACGGCUUUGAGGCUUUAAUACAACAAGUUGUACGUGAAAUCUCUUAAGAUUAAUGAUCCCUUAAUGGUUGUCAUUUUUUCCAGUCAGGGAUCCAAAACAGGACCUUUAUACCAAUCUUCUUAAGAUCACACUGGUGCUCUUGUAAUCUCAGUUUUGGUAAAUUCCCAUUCUUUUAGAGUAAAUGUAAAGGUGUACUUAAACUUGUUGAACUCCUGACACCUUAUUUGAAUAUGAUGAUCAUUCACAAUUGAAUACACUGAUAAGUCUUUCUGUGAUGAGAUCUGUUUUCUUGCACCUUUUCUG